UUCGAGUGUCGGAAAUUGUGAGAGUGUGAGAGGUUGUAUAUACAUCUAGUCUGCUACAACAGAAGUCUGUGAGCCAUGUUGCGAGCAGUGAGCGUGCUACUGUUAGUGGGAGCGAUCAGUGCCCUGCCUGCGCCACCCCGCUCCUACAGCAGAGGCGGCUACGGACCUGACUACUACGACUCUGCACCGCAUGUACCCCGCCCGGGGCCGUCGUAUGGACCUGCAGAAUACGGCCCUAGUUACGGCCCCGAGUUGCCUGCGUACGAUCCCGAGUACGUACCGGCACCGAAGGAGUACGCACCCGCACCCGCACCGAGCGGUUACCUGCCGGCUCCGGGUUACGGCCCAGCUCCGAAGUAUAGACAACCGAAGCCUUGCUUUCCCAACCCGUGCAAGAACGGUGGUUCGUGCAACUUUGACGACUACGCCAUCGAAUGCACUUGUCUGUUUGACUUCACCGGUCCUCUGUGUGAGAUCAGGAACGACCCGUGUACUCAUAACCCAUGCCUGCACGGUGGAACGUGCAACAGGGGCGACAACGAGAACCACUACCAGUGCACGUGUCCAUACGGUUGGAGCGGUCCGCGUUGCGAGAUCGAGAUUAACCCGUGCACGCCCAACCCGUGCGCUAACGGAGGCACCUGCAACAAAGACACUACCGAGCAGCGCUAUGUCUGCACCUGCCCCUAUGCAUUCACGGGGAUUCACUGCGAAGCCCACUUCGAUGUCUGCUACCCAAACCCCUGCGAAAACGGAGGCACCUGUAACAAGGAUGACCUGGAGACAGGAUUUGUCUGCACCUGCCCCUACGGUCUAGCUGGACCCCGGUGUGAGGGUCGAGCCUACAAACCCGCUGGCACAGAGACAAGAUAUGACCCGCACCACGGUGUGUCGAUUAGGCCUCUCGGUGGAUACCUCAAGGAACCGCUCUACCCAGAACCACAGCACAAGCCAGUGGCUGCAUACGCUGUGCCUGACCCAGCUUAUGGCCCACCAGCUGUCCCUGCUCCCAAGUAUCCCAUCUACAGGGCCACGCCCUACAAACCUGAACAAGCUCCUACACCCGACUAUGUCCCGAAGCCAGCACGCACUUACGUGCAAGAGCCAGCCCCGGCCCGCAAUGCCAAACCAGGACCUGCAUACGAUCCCAUACCAGCAGCUGCUUACGGUCGCCAGUCUAGAAAGGACAGAGGUGGCUACGAAACCCCUGCAUUCGGGUUAGAGCAUAUCCCGGGACUUGCCCCCGGCCAAUACCCACCUCCCCCACCCGCCUACGAUGCUAGCUAUGAAGAACGAUCACCGUAUGACGCACUGACUUACGAACCAAGACACAGGGCGUCUGCUUACAGGGAGUCAAGGGAUAAAGCACCUGCUGCCGGGUACAUCGAUGGCAAGUAUGUGCGUGCUGUACUCCGGCCCGAGGUGCGGUCAUCCGAGGACAACUCCCGAUCCUACCCAAACCAGGAGGUUCCCACCAAGUAUGAGGGUCCGCAAUACUCGGCGACCUAUGAGAGCUCCAAGUAUGAGCCAGCGCCAGCCUAUGAGACAAAGUACUCGGCACCCGCCUACGAACCGAGGAGGGAGGUGCCAGCAGCCAGAUCACAAUAUACCUACUACUAGAGGGCGCUGUGCAUGCCAUAACUCAGCCGUAUCUGCGCAAGUUAGCUCCAUUUGGAUUCGAUGCUUGCAAAUGCCAAAUUCGAUGUAGACGUGUAUAUGUGCUCUUAUAUAAUCUCGUGUUGAAUUAUGUUUAGUCAUAGAUAUAGAAUAUAGAUCUGUAUUCUAUAUCCUUGGUUUAGUAACUAAAAGAGGUGGUAUCUUAGAAAACUGCAAUUAUUAGUUAAUCAUAUACAUGUUUACAAUCAAUUAAGUUCAAUGUAGUUUUACUGUAAAAUUACUCAACCAGAUUUCUAAACAAUUAAAAUACCCAUAGCUAUUGGAGGUCUGCUAAUACAAACCUGAUGGUAUUGUUAUAGAUAUAGGCAUUAGUUUUUACUAUAUGUACUACUAGAAAAUGCUUAUUUAUUGCAGCAGUCAAAAACCAACAGUUUUCCAUAUAUAAGGCCAAAGAUAUAUUUUUUGCUGUAACCUAAUCCACCUUUUAUAAUCAUUGAAAGUAAUUACUCUAUUUGUCCAUGCACAGAAAAAUUAUGCCAAGUGUAUUUUCCACUAGUCAUUCAUAUGACACUAUACACAGUGCAGAGCAAGCAGUAUUGACUGGCCCAUCAAUUGCCCCUCAGUUAAAAACGUGAGCUGGAUUACUGCAAUAGAUAAAUGCCAUAACGAUGGUCAAAUUUGUAAACGUUGAAUAAGCAACUCCUAUUUUAGUUGCAGCUUGAUGCCACUGUAGCAACUGUGACAGAAGUCAUUGAGUAGUUUUCUAAUAAAUAUUCAUAUUAAGUAAUAUAAAUUUCAAAUUUAUUGCCAUCAUUUCACAUAUGAACUAAAGAAACAAACAAUCUUGAUAAUAGGUUUGAGCAAAAUGAGAGAAUGCUCGUUUAUUUUACAGUGAUAGUCAUUUAAUGCAUGAAAUGUGCAUCUCAAUGAUAACCUUGAAAUUAUACAUAUAUCCAAAUAA